CAUUGACGUUUGCUUUAAUAACUAUUUUUUAUUAUUUUAAGCUAUUUCUUAGUGAUUUAUCACUGUCCUUUGUGUAAUUUAAGUGCCUUUUAACCAGUGUAGGCAAAGCCUGUAAUCAUGGAUGUUUUAUACGACGAUUUAGAGAAUUACGAUGACGUUGAAGCACUGAACAGGCUGAAAACUGAAAAUUCGGACCUGAAGCACAAACUAGAAUGUUGCACUGUGAACAUGCAAAAGUUGCAAAAAAGCAUUUUGCAGGAUUUUGAUAAGCUGGAAGCAGAGUUCAAAAGACUAGAGUCAAAUUAUUCUUCUCUGCUGAAAAUUUCAAGAGCUGAGAUACAGAGGAAGACUGAUAUGAUCACAAAUCUUAAUAUUGAGAAAGACAUGUUAGUAAUAAGAGCAUUUCAACAUGGGCCUGCACAUAAAGUCCAAGAGCUGAUAAGGAAUGUGCGUGGAGAAACUGAAUCGAAGCGCAAAAAGAAAAACCGGAACAAAGGAGGAGGUCCAAAAGGAAGGGAAGAAUUUAUAAGGAGAAAAAGUAGCCGCCCACAAUCACCCGCAACUAGUUCAAAUGCUGCAGAAAAUUCAUAUAAGAUGAUAGGCAACGAAAUAAUUGCCGAUAGCAACAAAUCUAGUAGAAUGGAUACACAAAAAAAUGAUCUACAGAAACCACCUACACCUCAAGAGGUGUUCCCAGAUAAUCGACCUUCAUCUCCCGUUGCGGACAAACGGGUCACAGCAUUAUCUUGUCCCCGUCUUGGCAAGUUAAGCUCUGAUGAAGAAUUUGAAGAUAUGUAUUCUGCAUUGAAACCUAAAGCAUCUAGAGAACCUGAAAGACCCCGCAAAAGGGGUCGAGAUGUUUCUCAAGAUGGGAAGAUGUUGUAUAACAGUUCACAUGAUAGGCCCUUAAACUAUCCUGAUCCGUAUAGAGAACAAUCAAACAGACAUAGAGCUGGCAGAUUUUCUGAUACUGAAAGAAUUACCAGAGAAAAACAGUAUAGUGAACCCGACAGAAAUAUCAAUAGGGGUAAACACCAUUAUGAUAGAAACAGAAAUGUGAGUGAUUUGCAACACCACAGAUUUAGUCCUGAAAGACAUCGUCGGGGCGCGAAAGAACUUGGGGAUGAUCGUUACAGGAAUAGGCGGUUGGAAAGCCCACCAAGGGAGAGGCAACGCUUGGAAAGCCCUCCUAGGGAAAGGCAACGCUUGGAAAGCCCUCCUAGGGAGAGAUCACGCCUGGGAAGCCCUCCACAAGAAAGACAAGAAUUACGCAAAAGGAUUCGCGAGCGUCGAAAGUCUUACCACGGGCGGACGGGCAACAACCCAGAGAUACACUCGGUCUUACAUAACAUUCAUGGUGAAUAUGAAGAACCACAAAAUAAGAAACCUAGAAUUGAACCUUACCCUGUUCCCCAGGAAGAGAAAAGGCCAGGCCAUGAUAAAGAGCAGUAUCAUAAUGAAUCACAGCCUCCGACCGUGGGGAGUCACACAUAUCCGUCGCCAGAUUUUUCACACACGGAAGAAUCUUCUAACGAACCCGCAACAGCCCAAACUGAAACCAGAAGUAGGACUUCAUCUAUCUGUGAGGAUCCCAGAUUAAGCAGUGACAGAUAUGUUAAGUGCUCGGAAGGCAACAAGCACAUAUCACAGUCUGCCAAUGCUAAUAAAAUACAUUUGCAACCCGUUGACACAUCCCUUUGGAACUUUGAAGAAGUCCAGGUGCCAAAAGCUUUAAGAUUGAAACCUUUAGAAAUCAGCGAAGAACAUGUUGAUAAAAUGGAUAUAGAUAAGCCUUUAUCUUCAUUAUCCAUGGAAUCCGGUGAAAUACGUUCUGACACUGAAACAGCUUUGGAUAUUUAUGAUUUCCAAGAAUUUAAUAAACAAAUCGGUAAUAGUGUUCCUUGUAUAAAUGAAAGUCAAAAAACUGAAAUUAAGCCUCAGAAAGAAAAAUCGCCCAUUGAUAAUAGUAUGCUUGGAGACAUUGGAAAAAGAAGUGAUGUAUUAAUUAAGGGAACAAAAACUACAAGACUCGUAGUAGCAAAGACGGAAAAGGCGAACAAUCAUAGAGCAGCUGAGUCUAUGGUAUCAACUUCUAAAGAUAGUCAUAAAGUUAAUACAACAAUGCACUGUGACAACAUUAAAUUACCAAGCGUACUGCACAAGCUGAUUCACUCUAUGAAUGAAGAACGACUUGAAGGAGAUAAUUCUGUCAAGAACACUAAGGGAGAAAAGGAUCCUAAACGAAUAGCCGCAUCCAGCAUAUCUAAGUCUGAAAAGUCAAAAGCAAAAACUAAAGAUGAAAGAGAAAAUCAAAGUGAGUCAAACUUAAAGACUGAUAAUAACAAGGCAGAUAAACUUGAAAAAGGAUCGGAAAAAGAGCCUAAACGAAUCGGUGCAUACAGGAUACCAAAUAAGUCUGACAAGCCAGGUUCAAAAACUAGAGAUGACAGUGAAAAUCAAAACAAGUCAGACUUAGAGACUGACAACAACAAGACAGAUAAACUUAGAAAAGGAUCAGAAAACGAACCUAAACUAAUUGCUGCAUACAGGAUACCAAAUAAGUCUGACAAGUCAGGUCCAAAGACUAGAGAAAACAGAGAAAAUCAAAACGAGUCAGACUUAAAGGCUGUCAAACACAAGACAGAUAAAUUUGGGAAAAAAUCAGAAAAAGAACCUAAACGAAUUGCUGCAUACAGGAUACCUAAAAAGUCUGAAAAGUCAGGUCCAAAAACACACACAGGUCACAGAGAAAAUCAAAACGAGUCAGACUUAGAGACUGACAACAUCAAGACAGAUAAACCUGAAAAACGUUCGAAAAAAGAACCCAAAAGAAUUGCUGAGUUGGAGUUGUCAGGUAAGAAAGAAAAUGAAAGUUUAAGAAAUACCGAUAAAAUGCUACACAAAAAUGUACCUGAAGUGAAAACAGAUAAUCUUGAAAAAAUUACCGAAAAAGGUACAGAGAAGGAGAUCAAACGCAUCACAGAGUCGAAUGUAUCCGAUAGAAACGAGAAAUCAAGUUUAAAAACCAAUGAAAUAGAACAUAAAAAUGUGUCUGAUAUGAAGGUCAAAGAAAAACCUGUAAAAGAAACUGUAAAUACUGUAACAGUAUUUCGCGAAUUUGAGCAUAGAGUUUACUCCAGGCAUAUUGUCGAAGGCGAUUUAGAGCUAAGCGAUGAAAGUAAUGAUGAAGCACAACUUAAAUUAGAAGAUAAAAUUGAGGAGAAAAAGAAAAUAACUUCCAAAAGCAAGUCUUAUCGAGAGACAUCCAAAGAUAAGAGUGGAAAUUCGGAAACAACUAGAAAAACUAGAUCUGUGAAAGAUACGGAGAAAGAAAGAAAUUCCAUGAACAAAUUUAGUGAAUUGUUUGGUGACAGCAGUAGUUUAAUAACGCCAGAGGACCUGAACCUUGCCACUCGCACGGCGCACGGGCUGCCGGCCGACUGCUGCCCGCCCGCCACCGAGGAGGCGCAAGAUGCUAUCAUUGAACCUGAAAAUCCACUCAAAGCACAAACGACUGAAAUGUACUCUAAAGACUUUAAAGAAAGUUUAGCAAAGUCUACUGUUGCUGAAGAUAAAUUAAAAAUCAAAGAAUUCAAAGAUAAAACUCGUACAAAACAUAAACAAAAUAAGGAUGACUACGUGGAACAGGUCGGUGACGUAAAGGCACAAGUAGUUACUAUUACUGAAAGUUGUUCAGUGUCAGAAGGAAAUCUUAUGUCAAAUACAAGUAAUUAUACAAACCACAAGGAAGUUUCAAAACUGAAUGAAAAAGUUAAGGAGUGCUCAAAAAGUAAUAAAAGACCUAAAACCAAAGGUGAAAAGAAAUUGUCAGUUAGUGAACACACGGAAGAGAUAAAUACCAAUAACAUUUAUAUCUCGGAGCCAAAUCCAAACAAUUCGCCAACUAUGAGCGAUAAAGAGAAUUCCAGCAGUAAUGGUAACUCGGAAAGAAAUAUCAGUAACGAAAUGGCAAGAACGUUUGAGAAUCCAAUAGUCUCUAGUAAAAUAUCGUCGACCAGUGCCAGUGAGACUAAUAAGGAAAGGCCACAAUUAAAUGACUCUACAGAAGAAACCAACUGUAGUACUGGUGUCCAAGAUGUUCCAAACCUGGCUCCAGUAGUAGAAGAACCGGGGUUAGUGACAACGGUUGUGAUAUCAACGGGUGUUCAACCUUUAGAUUCAAACUCGGCGCAAUAUGUUACGCCAUUCAGUGGUCUGGCCUCAUCUACUCCUAAGGAUUUAUCUGCUAUAAAUACUUCGUCCGAAAUGGAGUCAAAUGUCAGCCACUCGGCGCAGGUAAGUGUGACGAUAUCAAGAGAAGAUUCAGGCUCUCAGACUGAAGAUGUACCUGAUAUGAGAAUAACUUGUUACAGAAGACGAAGAAGAGUGCUAAAGAGAUAAUUUGUUGGGAUUAAGUUUGUAAAUAUGGGGUCAUCCAUUAAUUACGUCACACCAAUUUCUAGGUUUUUUGACUCCUCCCCCCCUUGUCACACUUGGUCACAUUUGGCAAACCCCUCCCCCCCUAGUGUGACGUCACAUUUUUUCUACGAAAUCGCCAAAUCGAAUUAAGUACCUAAAUAUUAUUAAUAUACUUGGUCAAGCAGAUCUUGUCAGUAGAAAAAGGCGGCAAAU